CUCCAACUCUUGUCGUGAACAUGUCUGAAGGCUCAACGAUCGCGUUCAUCACAUUCUCCUACAUUUCCUUUAUCGUCCUACUGCUGCCGGCGAAAUGGCAUCUGAGAGCUGGAAAUUACGGGAUCCUUCUUAUGGUAUUCUGGGGCGCCCUCGGCUCCUUGACUCAGGGCACGACCGCGCUGCUUUUCAGAAACCGUGCAGACAACUUCUGUCCAGGAUGGUGCGACUUCUCGGGUGCGGUGCAGUACGUCUACCCAGUCGGCUUUCUCGCAGGAUCGCUGAGACUGCUGAUGAAGCUCGAGUCGAUCGCGUCCACGAGGCAGGUAUCGCAGUCGCAUGCCGACCGGCGACACACUCUGGUCCUUGACAUUGCCCUUGGCCUGGGUCUUCCGCUGCUGAUGAUUCCCUUGCGCCUCGUCGUGCAGGGCCAUCGCAUGGACAUUGUUGAGGGCUUUGGAUGCGAGCCUCCAAUCUACCCCAGCGUCGCCGCCGUUUUGUUGUACCAGAUCUGGCCUCUCGUGCUGGAUCUGUGCUGCCUAGGCUAUGCCCUCGCCACGAUCCGAUGGUUCCUGCUGCGCCGUCGCCAAUUUGCCGCCGUAGUUGCCUCGUCGGACAGCGGGCUCAACUUCAACAAGUAUCUGCGUCUGCUCGUCAUGUCGGGUCUCCAGGUUGUCGUCUGGACGCCCGUCUCCAUCUAUCUCUUUGUCCGUAAUCAGACGACGCUCCCGCACAAGCCUUACGACAGCUGGAAUAGUGUCCAUCGGCACUUUGACAUGACGUACAGCUACACCAAGUCCAGCGGCCUCCUGACGCCAGCGCUGCUGGAGGACCUCGAAAUGGGCCGGUGGAUCGGCGUGUGUGGCGCGCUGGUUCUCUUCCUCUUUCUCGGCACCAAUAUCGAAUCAAUGAACGAAUACCGGCGGUGGGCCUCUGUGGUCGCCUCGCCUUUCUCGACGCGUUCGAGAGCGGCGGCAAAGGCGGCCGUUGGCCACCCAGUCGUUCGUCGCCACGAGAGCAGCGUCCAGGCUCCGGCCGAGGAGGAAGAAGGGCAGCUUAGGUGA